AUGGAAAGUGAAGCUCAGUCUACGGACUACUUUCUUCCCCAAUCGCAUUAUUGGCAAUACGACGACGUUUCACUCCCCUUCAACCCUAACGACCCACAGGAAAUGCUACUCUACGGCGUUUUAGCCCAGGGAGCCGCCGCUGCCGCCAUAGCUCCAUCGGAAACCCACUCCAAUUCCAAUUCGAACUCCAAUUCGGAUUCCAAGCUCCCAUCCAGGGAGGAAUCGGAGGUCAGCUCGCGCGGCGAGAGGCUGGGGAGAGCCUACCGGGGCGUGAGGCGGCGGCCGUGGGGUAAGUUCGCGGCGGAGAUCCGAGACUCGACCCGGAACGGUGUCCGGGUCUGGCUGGGGACGUUCGAGAGCGCGGAGGCGGCGGCCCUGGCGUACGACCAGGCGGCGCUCGCGAUGAGGGGCUGCGCGGCGGUGCUGAACUUCCCGGCGGAGGCGGUGAGGGAGUCCCUGCGGGGGUUAGUCGGGGAGGAGGACGGCGGAUUCUCGCCGGCGGUGGCCCUGAAGAGGAGGCACGCGAUGAGGGUGAGGGUGUCCCGGGGCCGGAAGAGAAAUACCGGGAAUUUGGGGGGCGAUUGUGGUGAUAAUAAUAAUAAAGUGAAAAAUGUGGUGGUGUUGGAGGAUUUGGGGGUCGAGUACUUGGAACAGCUUUUGAGCUCCUCUUCGUCAUCAGUGACGUCAUCAUCUUUAUCGCCGCAAAGAGAUGGUGAUUGGUGA